CCGGGCGCGGCGGAAGGGGCCGGGCGCGGAGCCGCUUGGAGAGGGCGGGGGGGGGACCUCGCGUGGGGCCGUCUCGCGUGGAGCACGCGGGGCUGAGGGGUCCGGGACCGAUCUCAGCGGCAACACCGAAGCCCCCCGGAGCUUCCCCCACCAUGCCCAAAGUGCGGCGGUCCCGGGGUUCGGCGGCCGGAGCCGAUCGCGCGGUGCCGCUGCCCGAGCAGCUCCUGCAGGACGCGGCCCCCCGGGUACGGGCACGGCGCGGCCGGGCCGAGGAGGAGGAGGAGGAUGAAGGCUGCCGAGGAUACGUGGAUGCCCGGCUCUCCCGGCGCAUCCUGCAGCAAGCGCGGAGGCAGCAGGAGGAGCUGGAGGCAGAGCACGGCCCCGGGGCGCCCGCAGCCCCCCGGCACAGGAGCAGGGCGCUGGGUCCGGCGCUGAGCGGCUCUGGGUCCGAGGAGGAAGAGGAGGAGGAGGAGGAUGAAGAGUGGCCCUCGCUGCAGCAGGCGGCGGCGCGGGGCGGGGAGGUGGUGGUGGACCCCGAGGAUGAGAAGGCCAUCGAGAUGUUCAUGAACAAGAACCCGCCAGCCAGGCGCACGCUGGCCGACAUCAUCAUGGAGAAGAUCACGGAGAAGCAGACGGAGGUGGAGACGGCGCUCUCGGAGAUAUCGGGCUGCCCCAUGCCCCAGCUCGACCCCCGCGUCCUGGAGGUCUACAAGGGCGUCAGAGAGGUGCUGUCCAAGUACAGGAGUGGGAAACUCCCCAAGGCAUUUAAAAUCAUUCCUGCCUUGUCCAACUGGGAGCAGAUCCUCUACAUUACAGAUCCAGAGACGUGGACAGCAGCUGCCAUGUACCAAGCCACCAGGAUAUUUUCAUCCAACCUAAAAGAGAGGAUGGCCCAGAGGUUCUACAACCUGGUGCUGUUGCCACGGGUCAGGGAUGACAUCGCCGAGUACAAGCGCCUCAACUUUCACCUCUACAUGGCUUUGAAGAAGGCUCUGUUCAAGCCGGGAGCCUGGUUCAAAGGCAUCCUCAUCCCCCUGUGCGAGUCGGGGACCUGCACGCUGCGCGAGGCCAUCAUCAUCGGCAGCAUCCUCACCAAGUGCUCCAUCCCCGUCCUGCACUCCAGCGCAGCGAUGCUGAAGCUCGCCGAGAUGCAGUACAGCGGCGCCAACAGCAUCUUCCUCCGGCUGCUCAUCGACAAGAAAUACGCGCUGCCCUUCCGCGUGGUGGACGCCCUCGUCUUCCACUUCUUGGCCUUCCGCACCGACCAGCGGGUCCUGCCCGUGCUGUGGCACCAGUGCUUCCUGGCCUUCGCCCAGCGCUACAAGGAGGACCUGGCCUCGGAGCAGAAGGAGGCGUUGCUGGAGCUGCUCAAGUUCCACAGCCACCCGCAGAUCUCGCCCGAGAUCCGCAGGGAGCUGGUGAACUCCAAGACGCGGGACGUGGAGGGGCAGCCGCCCGCAGCCAUGGAGUGAGCUGGGGGAAAAAAAAAAGCAGGGAACGGCCGCAGCCUGACCUGCUGGGAGCCCUCUGAGAUGGAAGCCCCCCAGGAGGAGCGCAGGACCCUCCUUCCCCGGGAUCCUGCUGCUCCAAACGCAGCCUGGGUGCUCCCCACGCUGCUCACCGCGGGGCAGGGCAGCCCCGUGCCACCAGCAGCCGGGAGGGCAGUUGGGUUUCUCCUCUCCUUGUAGCAGAAAAUAAAGCCGAAGCCAGGUCCUUCA